UUGACUGCCGGGGGACGUAUUCAAGCGGAGGAGUUGGGCCGAGUGUUUCGUUGUAUGUAUCCGGGUGGACAAGGCGAAUACGCGGGAACCCAAGGUUUAGGUUUGCUUCGACUGCACAGUACGUUCAGACAUGACCUGAAAAUUUAUGCAUCAGACGAGGGACGCGUUCAAAUGACUGCGGCUGCCUUUGCUAAGGGGUUGUUAGCACUGGAGGGAGAGUUAACUCCGAUUUUAGUACAAAUGGUUAAAAGUGCGAACACUAAUGGUUUACUGGACAACGAUUGCGAUUCAAGUAAAUAUCAAAAUGCAGUCAAACAAAGACUACAUGAGAUGAUGCAAGUGGACAGGGAGUUCACGGCUGAAGAUAUGGAACUUCUUAAUCCACUUCACGCUCGUUCCGUCCAAGCUGCUUUAACUUUUGUCAAAAAUCCCGUCAAAGCUUGUGAUAAAAUCUAUGGAUUUAUACAAGAGUUAAAUGUGUUAAUUAAGUCAAGAAGAGACGAUUCUCGCGAUGACUAUCAUCUCUAUUACGGCGAGACUUGGGAUCUAAUGCAGAGGAGAUGGUCUAAACUAGAAAAGGAUUUUAAAUUGAAAAGUGGUUCAUAUGAUAUCAGUAAAAUACCAGACAUUUACGACUGUAUUAAAUAUGAUUUACAACACAAUCAACACGUACUCCAAUUUCCAGAAGCCGAAGACUUUUACAGAUACGCCAAGUCAUUGGCAGAUCUCGUUAUUCCUCAAGAGUACGGAAUCACUCAAAAGGAAAAGUUGACGAUUGGUUUAGGCAUUUGUUCGCCACUUCUCAAGAAAAUUAGAUCAGAUCUGUUGACUAACACUUACGCCACCGAAGACGACGAGUCCGAAAGUGUCAAUCGUCUGAAUCCACACUAUUCUCAUGGAGUCUCUUCUCCGGGCCGUCACGUGAGGACUCGUUUGUAUUUUACGAGCGAAAGUCAUAUCCAUUCUCUUCUAAAUGUGUUACGUUUGGGCGGACUUUUCGAUGAGACUAAAGAUGAACAGUGGAGAAGAGCUAUGGAUUACGUGAGUCUUGUCUCUGAACUCAAUUAUAUGACACAAAUCGUGAUAAUGCUAUACGAGGACCAAACCAAAGACCUCACGUCUGACGACAGAUUUCACGUGGAAUUGCAUUUCAGUCCCGGAGUGGUCUGUUGUUUGCAAAAGAAUCACAUUAAAGGUCCGGGUUUUAGACCACAAUCCAGAAGCAGCGGAACAUUUGUUAAGGUUUGAGUUGAUUUACUCUUCAAUAA